AUGUCAGGCAGGAAGGAAACAGUUCUAGAUUUGGCAAAAUUUGUUGACAAGGGUGUCCAAGUCAAGCUCACAGGUGGAAGACAAGUGUCAGGGACACUUAAAGGAUAUGACCAGUUGCUGAACCUUGUAUUAGAUGAAGCUGUGGAGUUCCUUAGAGAUGCGGAUGAUCCACUGAAGACAACUGAUCAAACACGUCGCCUUGGCUUAAUAGUUUGUAGGGGUACAGCUGUCAUGCUUGUUUCUCCUACUGAUGGUACAGAGGAGAUAGCCAAUCCAUUUAUCCAGCCAGAUGGAGCUUAAUCUUUUUCACUUUCUUAGCAACAAAACUAGCUGCUUUCUACUAAAAACCCUUGUUUAAUCAAAUUUGGUGUGGAAUAUUACAAAAUAUGAUGCUAUUUUUAAAUACAUCAUAUUUUGGAAACCUUGUUUUAUCUUUGUAAAAUGUAAACCGUAUUUGAACUCAAGAGAGUUUUCUAUUUUCUUUUCUAUGAAAUACGAUGGAAAACGGGGUGGAAGAGCAAUGAGGCUUAUAGAUCUUUUAAAGUAAGGUAAUGCAAUUUUUAACUAUAUUAACAUAUUUAUAUUUUUAUGUUGAAGUUACGAAC